AUGGCUAAUGAAAUAAUUACACCUACUGAAGGUGAAUUAAAAACUAUCAUUGAUAAAACAGCAGCAUAUGCAGCAAAAUUAGGUGAGAGUUUUGAAAAUAAAGUUAAACAAAGAGAAGGACACAAUGCAAAAUUUAAUUUUAUGAAAGAAGGAGAUCAAUAUUAUCCUUAUUAUAGAAAUAAAAUUGUAGAGAAUAAAGCAAAAAUUCAAGCAGAUGCAGCAGCAGCUGCCGCAGCUGCAAAUCCAAAAACUCCUUCUACUACCACCACCACAACAACAACCACAACAGCAACAACACCACUACCAACAGCAACAGCAACAACAACAUCACCAACUCCAACAACAUCAUCAACUAUAGUACCAGUACCUCAAACAAAUUCAACUCAACAACUACAACAACAACAACAACAACAACAACAAACAACACCAGUAUUUGAAAAACCACAACCUCCACCCCCACCACCACCAAAAAAAGAACCAACACAACCUGAUCCACUUUUAUAUAUUUUAGAUGUACCUGAUUUUAUGACCCCAUUAGAAUUAGAUACAAUUAGAUUAACAGCACAAUUUAUUGCAAAAAAUGGUGAUAGUUUUUUUAUGGAAUUAGCAAGUAGAGAAGUAAAGAAUAGUCAAUUUGAUUUUUUAAAACCAACCAAUCAUUUGUAUGAAUGGUUUAGAGCAUUGGUAGAAUCCUAUGCUCAAAUUAUAUAUCCACCACAAGGUAUAAAGGAGCAAUUAAAGUCAAACUAUUUCUCCAAUAAACAAACCAUUCUAGAGAGAGCAAUGAAUCGUUGUGAAUAUAAUCAACUCAAAGAGAUUGAGGAACAAAAGAAAGAGGAGCGUGAGGAUGAGGAGAAAACAAUCAUUGCCUCAAUUGAUUGGCAUGAUUUUGUAAUUGUAGAUACCAUUGAAUUCAAUGAGGAUGAUUUAGACGACUUACCACAACCAAGAACAUUUGACCAACUGAUUGCUGGUGAUACACCAUUUGGUGGCAGUGAUUUCGAUAAUGAUGGUCAUGGUUCAAAUGGUAAAGGUGGUCAAGAUAUGGAGAUGGAGAUGGAUAUGGAGAUGGAGAUGGAUGAUGAAGAUAAUAAUAAUAAUGAGGAUGAGAUUGAAGAAUCAUCAUUAUCGUCAACAAAUACAACAGGUAAUUUACCACCAAAAGAUCAAUCAAAAUUAAAAAUUGUUAAAGAUUAUCAAAAAUCAAAUUCAUCUGUUAAAUCUAAUGCACCAACAAAAUUAACUCAGUUAUGUCAAUUUUGUAAACAAGAGAUACCAUUGGACGAAAUGCAAGAACAUAUGAGAAUUGAAUUAAUUCAAAAACAACAAAGAGAUUCGAGAUUGGGUGGUGGUGGUAGUAGUAAUAAUAAUAAUAAUUUAACAAAUACUUUAACUCAAGAUGACGAUAUCGCAAGAAAUCUUCAAUCAUUUGCAAGUAAAAGAGUUGAUAUCUUUGGUGAAACAGAAUCUUCUAAGAAACAAGAUGAACAACCAACUCAAGCACCAAAAGUUAUUUGGGAUGGUCAUUCUGGUAGUAUUCCAAGAGUACAAGCUGCUCAACAAGCUGCUCAAUUAGCUGCUCAACAAGCUGCUCAACAAAAAGCUGCUGCUAUUGCUGCUCAACAAGCAUCUCAGCAACAAGCAUCUCAACAACAACAACAACAAUUACAACCACCACAACCAAUUGGUAUUCACCAUCAUCCACAACGUCAUUUACCACCAGGUAUGAUGCCUCCUGGAAUGAUGCCACCUGGAAUGAUGCCACCAGGUAUGAUGCCACCUGGAAUGGUACCACCACCACCAUUUGGUAUGAUUCCACCUGGAAUGGUACCACCACCACCACCAGGUUUAAUGAUACCAACUGCACCUCCAGGAUUAAUGAUACCACCAACACAACAACAACAAUUACCUCCCCAAACAAAUACAUCCCCAUCCUCAUCCUCUUCAAUUAAAGUUGAAGAACCUCAAUCUAAAAAGUUAAAGAUUGAUGAUGUAUUAAUUCCUGAAUCAGUUUGGUUACAAAAUAAUCCAAACCCUGUCAAUUUAACAGUAGAAAUGGCUGAUAAAAGUAAUAUUUAUCAAAUUACACUUCAACCAACCGAUAGUAUAUCUUUAUUAAAAGAGAAAAUUAAAGAACUUAAUGGUAUGCCAACUAAUAAACAAAAAUUACAAGCUCCUGGUUUAUCAAUUUUAAAAGAUACUUGUAGUAUAGCUUUUUAUAAUUUAAAAUCAUUAGCAAUAGUUACUUGUGGUCAAAAAAAAAAAGGCGGUAAAAAGAAAUAG